CAAGCGCGUGUUCGCGCGUCGUGUCGCAAAGCCGAAAGCAUUCUCGAGCUACCCUGGCUCCCCGCCACCUCAAUUUAAUUCUCCCACUGUACAAAGUUCUCUCUAAUUUCUAUCCUGCUUUCACUCGCUCGCUCUUUUAGUGAAUAUAAACACUCCAAAUUAAUUGACCAACGGUUUGCGCAAUAUUCAAGACCAGCGACGCCCCACAAUCCACCAAAUGCCCGCAAAACAAAGCGCCCGACGCUCCAGCGGGAACGCUGUUCCCCGGCCUAGUGUUGCUCGAAGGGGGGUUUCGACUGGUCGACCGUCACGAGGAAGGGGACGAAGUAGCAUGGGUGGACGACGCACUAGCGGUAUCGAGCCCGGAGAUCCUCUGCCUCGUCAUCAGAAAACGCGCCGCUAUAAGCCCGGUACACUUGCUUUAAAGGAAAUUCGACGAUAUCAGCGAACUACAGAUCUCCUACUGCUCAAGCUUCCAUUCUCUCGACUGGUCCGCGAAAUUGCUCUGACGCAACUAACCUCGGGAGAAAUGCUACGCUGGCAAUCCCAUGCAAUUCAGGCCUUGCAGGAGGCCGCCGAAGCUUUCCUGGUCCACCUCUUUGAGGAUACAAAUUUGUGCGCCAUUCACGCCAAGCGUGUCACCAUUAUGCAGAAAGAUAUCCAGCUAGCUCGACGGAUACGCGGUGCAUGGGGAGGCUUGGGCUGAUCUCCAGCUUGUCUGUCUUGGAUCGACAUGUUCGUUCUAUCAUUACCAAAGGAGGCGUUUGUGUUAUUAUUGAAUUUCGCUGUCAAGUUUGCUCCAAACCUAUGGGAUGCCGAAGAAACGCCAGUCGUCUGUUCGGGAACCUGCUUUAUCAUUUCUAUCUCCUUGUUGGACGUGGGGACUAUCCAAGGGCUAAGGCGUUACCGGUUUCUUUGUUAAAGUAGAUUUUACACAGUUGGCUGUGUUUCAUAUGGCCUGGUGGAUUGGUC